CUUAUUAAUUAGGCUUUAAGGUGCUUAAUAAAACCGCCCCUGAAACAUUUUUAGUUUUGUUGUUUGGGUUCCAUAUUAUCUCUGUCACAUGAAUAUAUUUUAUGUCGUUGAUAUAGUUUAGUCAAAUUUCAUGUUUUAUGUAAAUUGUUUUGUUGUACCGUUAAAUCGAAUGCAUUUGAAGUUAAAACCAAAUGCGUUUGAAGAAUACUUUGUAUGAUUGCUAUUGAAAUACAAAAUAAAUAUCAUCGUCGGAUACUCACGGUUGAUCAACAUAUAACAAAACAUGUAAUCAACUAUGGGUAAAAUAAAUCUAUAUGCGUUGAGAUAAAGCAUCGGGUGUGUAAAAUAUCAACCAAUAAAAUGGCGUUUAACAAAAUUUAUAUUUUUCAACAGCACGGGCAAACAACUAUUAAAAACAAAAUAUCAACACCCACGGUGAAAACCUGAUUCACUUGCCUUGCCAAUAUAAAAGGCAAAAACUGUAGCCAACUCAAUUCUUCCACAAUCAGAAACCACUGUAGCGAUAUUUUUACUAAUAUUAACGCUUCACCGAACAUCGCAUAGAACGAGCGUUUUGAUUUGGUUUAAAUCGCCUCAUUGAUUCGUGAGGCAACCAAAAAACUGUCUUUGACUGAAUAUCGGCAAAAAAUUAUACGGCUACUGAAUAUUACUGAUUCAGCCUUGGGUAUCCGACGAUAAUAAGAUAUUGCAUAUCCUUAAAUAUUGCUCCUUAUUAUGCUUAUCACAGCGAUAAUUUCCAUCAUUUUGUUCCUUCUUAUUCAUUCAUACUUGCUUCAAAGAACAAUUUGAAAAAUUCAAAGAAAUUGUGAAGAAGGAUGUCGAAGCAAAAUGCUGGCAAAUACUUGGACGGCUUGAUAUGAUGAAAAUUCAAAUGAAGAUAAAAAAUCGAAAGUAUUGCACACCGACAGGAUAUGAUGAGUACAUGAAAGAUCUAGACACACUGAUAAAACAAUACAACAGAGACGCUGGAUACAUGGGUUCUGUUGCUUUGUUAGCUUUGCAAGAAUUUCUCGCUAAGAAAACAUCAGAAGAGGAAGCAGUGUUUUGUAUGGUUCAAGAAGCACUUGAAGGACUGGAAAGAAAAAAUAUGAAACGCCUGAGCGUGUUCAGAGAAAAAGAUGCAGACAUUAUGAAAGAAGAGGAAGAGGUUGAAGAAGCGAUCGAGGCAGAUAUUGUAAUGCUGCAAAGAAAUGGUCUGCAGAAUAUCGGAGAUCAAUAUCUUGACAUGCUUACAUCAAAAAUAAAAGAAAUAGAUAGAGUAAAAAAAGAACUUACUCGUGAUAAUUCAUAUUAUAAAAAAUUAUGUAAAGAAACCGACCACUGGAAAAAUGUUUUUGAGAACGCGACAUUCAGUUUGUCCAACUAUAAGAGGCAACUAAAACCUAUUGCUGGACAACAGAGUACGGAUAUGCAAGCCAAUGUUUAUAAAGAGCCUUGGAAUGAUGUGAUAGGCCCACUUUGGAAAACAACUGUCGAGAGAAGUGAUUCAAAAGACGAUGGGAACCUGUCAUCAGGAGAAGCAAAAGGUGAACGAAUACCGCCAGAGGGAAGUGAAGCAGUUCAAACCUAUAGCGAUCCACCUCGCAAGAACGUUCGGAAAAUAAGUAAUAAAUGUAACAUUUCUUAAGACGAAAAGUUUGUUGCUUUAGUUUUAUAAUUAUUAUUGACUAUAAAUGAAAAGGAAAUGUUAUGUCAAAUAACGCACUGUAAAUAAUAAUACAUUGUACUUUUUUAUUUUAUGACACAUAAGAUACAUUUAUCUAAUAUAGAGCCAAACCUAUCAGUUGAUUUGGUUAAGAUGCUUCACGACAUGAAAUUUUCCUCUUCAUUUUAUCUAGUCAAAUGAAGCGUACGUAGAUAAAUGCUAUAGUUUUGUAAAAUAUUUUUAGUUGAUUUAUAUUUUAGUGUCACUUAUACGGAAAAUCUAUAUCUAUACAAUGUAUUUACUCUACAUAAUUUAUAAGUUUCUUGGGAUUAACAUUUUUAGCGAGGCUCGUUAAAGAACGACAAAUUUCUUUAUUUCUUUGGAAAAUAAGGGCUCUGUGACAAUUUCAAUGUUCAGUCUCAUUCAUGAAUAAUCUGUACAUUUUCGUUGAUAUAUAUUUUUUUGGUAUAUUUGAAGGCAAAAACUAUUUGUUGAUUGUAGUUACAAAAAUUAAAAUUAAUGUAAUAUAAAAGGCGAGCGACAAGCAUAACCUUUGUAUGCAAAGUCAGAUUUCUUUGCUGUACAUAAUUGAAUUGUUUGCUAAUAUUGUAUCGCUAUCGCUAAGAUUACUGUAAUUUAAGCCAUUUUAAUUAAAUAUCAAUAGUUU